AUGAACUUUGGCUUGUAUGAAAAAGUGGUUACAAAUUUCUAUCCCAGACUUUUGGGCGCUUUUGAUCGAUCAAAUGCAACAUAUGACAUCUUUAUUAAUCCCCAAAGAACCGGAACGUGUACAUUUUCAUCUUAUCACGCAUAUUUUAGAUUUAAGUUCGGUAAGCCUAAAUAUGAUGAGAUCUUUUCCGUUGCGUCUUUAAGUGGCCUGCAGUAUUUCGCAUCUGGAAGAUUUUCAGAUCUUGUUUCAGAAGACUAUCUCUCCAAGCAUUCCCUUUUUUUUGCUUUCCCAGCGAUAUUGCUUCCUUUUUACAAAUUUGUCUAUCAAAUAGCCAACAUGUUUCCUUUCAAAAUUUUGACACAGCCGAUAUUUUUAUUACAAUGCAAUUUAAAUCAAGCUGCCAGAAAGGUUUUGGAUUCAAUUCCAUUUCUAUCGAAAGAAAGACGCGAAAAAAUUCAAUCUUUUAACCACGAAAAAUUGGCAUCUUAUACCAGCGCCUUGAACGAGAUAGGAAAGUUUCACUUUUUGAGAUGCAAUGUUGAUCUUGUUGAUACGAUGUUCAGAUAUCUGGUUGAAAUUGGAAAUGACGCGUUUGAAAUGAAAGAACAUGUCUUUUUCAGAGAUCUAAAGAUAGCUUAUGAUCAAUUCCAAAUUGUCAAAAAGAAAAAUAUUUUCGACGCAGUUUCUACACACAUAGCAGAUAAUAGAGGCAUAAGAGCCUCUUUUUCCGGACCAAAUUGGACCAGUUUCAAUCUUGGACCUUUAGACAAAGUGUCUGCUAAUGAGAGGUUUUACUGCAACCUUCCUAAUUUCGAGUAUAAAGAUGGUGAUUACGAUCCUCAAAAUUUGACUGAAUUUUCAAACUCGAUUUUUCAUUUUUUGAAUAAUGAAAUCGCUUAUCAGCCAUGCUUUAUAGGCAAAGAGAUUCCUCUGAUUUCAUAUUUGGACUCCAUGACAUUUCGGGUGAUGCCGGUGAUAAAAAACUGUACGUCAUCCGAUGUCGAUAAAAUGGGCUUUCUCUACACAUUUUUCAUCAAAAUAUGGCGCUUAUUGAACUAUGAAAAUCAUCUUUUUAUGUACCAAAAGGCUCUCAUUUUAUUUGAGAUUUUGAAAACCUACAAAGAAAUAUACAUCAGACAUCUAAAGGCCUCUCUGAAUAACGAUGAAAAUAAUUUCAAGUUUAUCAAAGAUCAGAUUUUUGAAAAAUUAUCGCCCUCGUUUUCAUAUUCCGAUGAAAUCGAUCUUCUACAAAGGAUCCUGCCAAAAUCAGAAAAAUAUAUUUCGUUUAGUCAUUAUGAUGGAAAAAUAACAUCCGACUUGGUUGCCAUAUUGUUUAAAGACAACAGCUAUCCUCCGAAUCCAGGUGCGAUGGGAAAGUUUUUCAAUGUAGAUAUGAUUAAAUCCAAGAUACACUAUGCUUCUGAGUAUGGUUAUGAUCGAGAUCAUUUUAAAAGGAUGGCAUAUAUCUUGACAGUAAUUGCGACCCCUAUUAGCAUUGAGAAUUCCAAUAAUACUGUGCUUCCAAAAACCUUCCUACUUGACCGACAUUAUUACAAUUUUUUACACAUGCUUUGUAAAGUAUCACGUCGUCCUGAUGGCGAUGCACUUGUUUUAUCUCCAAUUUCCCGCCUGAAUUUUAAACUUACCAUUGCUAUUAAUCGCUAUUUCCAUCUUAAAACAGAUGGUUACAAUAAUGAUAAAGAAAUCUCAUCACUAAGCUUCAAAGAACAAAGACCUUUGAAGUUGAUGACUUUGAGUCAAAAAUUUUCUUCGGCUUUUUAUUUCUUGAAGUAUCUCCAAGAAAAUAAUUCUUUUAUUUUAUCUGACGCUGGAAUGCAACUACUUUAUACUUUCCUCCUCAAAACAUCGACAUAUAAUGAUGACAACUCGCAAAAGGCUCUAUCUCCGGUUAUCCGAUAUUUUUUAUUUCGGAAAGAUAAAAUACGCAAAGAAAUUUCGACAGACAAAGAUGACAUUCAGAAAUUAAGGCUUUUGGCAAAUUACCACAUCAUUCUCAAUCGCUUGAUGUCGAUUGAAAAAAGAGACCUCGACAUUGGCGAUCUUGAGCAUGUUUUCGUGGGCGAAUAUCAGCCGAUUUUCGCGUUUCUCAAGCUUAAUACGCUGAUACUUGGGAAAAAGUUUUCUAACCUGUCCAACAGCCAUGGCUUUUAUUUGUCGGUGAUAUCGAAUUUUGAGCUGAUAAAGUCGUUCUUUUUGAAGGAAGAAAUUCAAUAUGUGCUUAGGAUGUAUUAUGACCAUUGGAAAUUUGCCUCUUCUAAAUCAGGAUGCGCAGCCCAGACCGAAAAAGGGAUCCAAAAUUUGGUGAAUGGAAAUUUUCUAAUCGAUGGGGAGCGGAUAAAACUUCCGAGGCUUCCAUUCCCUAGAAAUCAUUUAUGGAAAAGAAUGAAUAUCACCGAAAAACGCAAUGAUAAACUGGAAUUUACUCUACAUCGGUGUCGAUCUUCUAACUCAAUAAUUUUCAACUUCAGAUACAACAGCAUGCAUCUAGCUUUAACUGAAAAUCACGCAUUUUUACUAAAAAAGGAUGAGAUAGAAGCCAAGCUUGUUUCUGAGGAUUUCAAGCUUUGUCACAAAAAACCGAACAUACAAGUUUCGUUCAACAGCAAAAUGGUAGGAUCAGAUGAUUCUAUCAUUGCAUUUCAAACGCCCUAUCAAAUUUGGUGGAGUCACACAGUUUACCUUUUUGAUUCACAUGGAUUCGAGUAUGCAGUGAUUUAUAACGGAAAUAAUCUGGUUUUGAAAAACUCGUCCAAAUUUGUGGGAAAUGUAUCGAGCGCACUUCCCUGCUCUUUUGACAUAAACUCGUUCUGCUCUUUUUCUUCGGUAUCGCAAUCGCUGCUUGAUGCCUUUUUAACGCGUGGAGUGCUUUUUAACUUUGUAUUGUACUCGUACAUUUUCACGCUAGAAAGUGAGGCUCAAUCCUUUUAUUUCUUCGACAGCUACCAUGGCGCAGUAAAGGACUUUUACGCCAUAAAAGAGGGAAGUGAUCUGUAUUUUAUUGUCAUCAAGGGUGAGAAAUUCAAGAUCCACUCUCCUGCUGGGAUCGAGGGAAAUUUCCUUGUCUCCUCAAACUUGCCCUUUUUAUU